CUCCAUGACGGAUUCAACAUGGCGCCUGGGGUCGUAUGCAAGCUCCUUCCUCAGCGUGGAGGGUCACGUCCGGUGAAUCAUUCCCUCACGUACUUCCACUAUGUCCGCCUUCCCCGUUCUGCACUGCUCGGAAGCUUGGAUAAACCGGAAGAUCCGCGGGCUGCCUUCUUCCACAACAUAUCCAGGGUGGCGGUCGGCACAAUUGCAAUUGGUUCACUUGGCAUCCCUGCCCUGCAGAUGUCAUCGUUUAUCGCAGCUCGUUACAGCCAACGGCGUACCAUUGUCAACAGUGCCGGAGAACGCAAACCAAUCAUCGAGUUUUGGACGCAAAAAGCCCCCAUCGUGACUGCGGUUGCUAGAGCAUUUGUCAUGAAGGCAAUGCACGAUAAGGCGGUCAGCUUAUUCCUCGAUCCAUCAUUAGAUUAUCGUGUUCGGCACGCAAUUGCAUCGAUCAUGAAGGUCGUCAUGAUUCAACACGCACAGGAGGCUCAUCUUACUUUGAGUGAGCGAUGCGGUGCACAAGGGCUUUUCGAGGUGAAUCAGCUGAAUGCUAUGCACGCGGACAUGCGAGGUACAGCUAUCGCUGAGGGUGACCUUUUGGGUAUCUCAGUCCGUCUAGCGACGGAACUGCUGCUUGGGCGCUACGAGAUCCCACACACUUCCGACGAAAACAGCCUCUUGUACAAGCAUGAAGCCGGCAUGUUCGCAGAGCUCCGAGAACACUUGCAUGAAAUCAAAAAUCAUCGCAGCGUCGCCUACGACCGUCUGGUUCUUCCUGAUUCUGUCCCUCUCGUCCAGGCUAUCGGUCAUCGAAUCGCAUAUGACGCUGCUGUCGCGGCGGGAGUCGAUGCUUGUCUAGUUGAUCUCUACGUUGCCACCUGCAUUAAAUUGGACCCCGCAUGGUACCUUGAAGAGCUCGGGAUUAAGAGAACAGCGCAGAAAGAAAUGGAAAGCUCAGCAAUCGACGCUGUCUACGAACGACUGGAGGAGUACCUUGAGAAGAUGGAUGUUGAGUCUUACGUUUCAGCGCCCUUGAUCUCGGAUACUGCCUGGAACGACUAUGUGCGUUCGUUGGAAACGUUUGGAGACUCCACCGCCAACGUCUCCAAACGCCACGUUCCAUGCUCGGCAGGCAUCGUUGCAAAGGCUUCUUUCCUAUCGCAAAGCUCAUCACACAUUUGACGCAGAUUGAUGGAUAUAGGAGGGUGUACACAUUCGACCGUAACAUUGGAGGCUGUCGUCAUCCUACGCCGAGGUGCGGCAUGCCAGCGUUUCUGUGCAGUAUCCUUGUAAAGAUGGAGUCCACCACGGCUAUCUAUGGUCUACCUAUAUUUCUCGUACCUCGUUCAGUGUUCAAACGUCUCGAGAGCAUUUUCAGGAGUCUGGCAUUGGUUUAGAAU